AUGUUGGCCAUGGGAGAUCUGAAAGAGCCCAGAGUGAUUCACAGAGCGUCCUUCGCCAUCAAGAACCUUCUGCCCGAAGCCAUGGUCAGUGAGAGCCCCGAGCUGGAAGUUGGGAGAGAUCCGGGUGGACCGUCCGGAGUCGGGACGGCGCGGGCACGGGACGUCCCUGGGAAGGAAGCAGACCAAGAAGGAGGAAGGGACGGAGAGGGGAAUACAGAGAGCGUCAGACACGAAAAGCCUCCUUUCAGCUACAACGCUCUGAUUAUGAUGGCUAUCCGCCAGAGUCCGGACAAGAGAUUGACCCUGAGCGCUAUCUACGAGUUCAUAAUGCAGAAUUUCCCUUAUUACAAGGAGAACAAACAAGGUUGGCAGAACUCCAUCAGACACAACCUGAGCCUCAACAAAUGCUUCGUCAAGGUCCCCAGACACUACGAUGACCCGGGCAAGGGCAACUAUUGGAUGCUCGAUCCUUCCAGCGACGAUGUCUUCAUAGGAGGUGCCACGGGCAAACUGCGGAGGAGGUCGACUUCGACCAGGGCGAAGUUGGCUUUCAAAAGGGGAGCUAGGCUCGCCUCCCCGGGCUUGGCAUUGGCCGGCUCGCUCUACUGGCCCAUGUCUCCCCUCCUCUCCUUGCAUCAAGCCCAUCCGUUGAGCCUCAACGCCGCUGCUUCUUCUUCGUACCCGGACCACGCCGCUUCUUACGCCGCCGUCUUGUCUCAGCAGCUGGGCGCCGGCGGCGACAAACUGGCCGCCCUCGACCUGCCCUUCGGGGCUUCCCAUCACCAGGUCACGGCAGCCGCUCUGGCCACCUCUCUGCCCCACCGACUCGCCAUCCCGGCCUCCUACAGACCGUGUUCCGUUAACUUGCUAGCCGGUCAAGCCAGUUACUUUAUCUCGCAGUUCCCGCACCCUCCAGUGACGGGGCCGGCCGCCUCCCUCGGUGGGAUCGCCCCUCCGCUCAAACACAGCGAAGAAUUCGGCAGACCUUACCCUAGUUUUCCCAAUACUUUCUUCCCUAGCCAGACCCAAAACUCUCCCUUCAACCCCUUGUUCCUGAAAUCCACCACAAUCUGUUUAAAAGUGGGA